GUCUCUGUCUCUCGGCUUCCCAAACCCUCCGGAGAUCUCUUCCAGGCCGUGCGUUUCUUUCAGUUGAGUACGCGUUGCAGCAACAUCAAGUCCGUCGCCACCAUUCACGCUACUGUGCAGAUUGCGGGAUCGACUGCCUGGAUGGCAGCUCGCUGUGGGCUCCAAAAGACGGAAGCUGAAUGAAUGACGGACGUGCAGUCAUCUGGCAUCCGACAGCGACGGGACGAACCCAUCUUCCCCGCAACUCCAAUUGAUCCGUCUAGUCGCAGACUACGUCACAGUGUCCCGCCUUGCACCUACUUACUCACCCGUCCUUGCUUUGCAACAUCGCUUCCCUUCGUUGUGAGGGCCGCACCACUAUACAACUUAACAACACCCGGCACCCUUCUCAGUCUUGUCCUAGAAUAGUCACCUCUGCCAAACACGUCUCCUGUUAUUGUCAAAAUCUGCAGGCAAUCCCUGGGCUCUGGUCGCCGCGAAAAUCAAAACACCACUCAGCUGCACAUAUACCUACGGUGCAUUGCGCUCUCGCUCAAAAGUGCUAAAGUACAGCCACGACGCAUUCGCUUCGCUGUUCCUGCCCGAGAAGUCAAUGACAGACGCAACAACGCCUGGACUCCAUGACAGAAGCGCCACCAAAGCCACAUCCGAUUCACCCCAAGGCCAAAGCUCCAAACAUGGCCACAGUAACUUCUACAGAGACCGAGGACACUCCCGCCAUGUCGCCGUCCACUCUCGAUAGUCGUCCGAUGCGCCGGGCCGCAACCAUCGGCGAAGGGUCCCAGCCAGCCCAACUUCGCCGCCGCCUCGUGAAUUCUCAAUCCACCCUAGGGACCUCGUUUGGAGAGUUCAGGCGACGCAGCUCAACCUUCUCGGACUACAGUCUAGAUGCCGCAAGAAGGAAUCUUCAUCAUGAGAUUUUGAACCCGGCGGCCAGCUUCGAUUCCGAUGAGCAUGGGGCUUCAGAAUCCUCCUUGAUGCCUUUGGCAUUUGCGCUACUGCCAGCCAUUGCAGGCAUGUUUCACAACAAGGGAAGCGACUUCAUUACUGACAUUAUCCUAAUUGUUCUCGCCGCCAUCUUUCUCCAUUGGUCUCUCACAGUUCCGUGGAACAUGUACAAGUCUGCCCAGCAGGUGCGCUUAGAAAACGAGCAAAUCGUCGAAUCAGCCCUCGACGAAGAUGGAACGUCACCCACAGUAACAGCUAUCCAAACACCAUCCGUGGAGGUCGAAGAACCACGUACUCCGAUUGAAAGCAAGCAGACUACCUCUACGAGCGACGAAAACGCUAAACUAGAUAGUCCUGAGAUACCUAUCGCCCCUCAACAAGAACCCCACAGCCCUCGCCACACCCGCCGCGUUGACAAAGCCCUUGGCGAGCUUUACAAAAUCGAAUCGCUCGCUCUGGUACUUUGUUUUGUCUCUCCGUUGAUGAUGGCCUAUUUACUCCAGAUCAUGCGCAACCAGUUCAAGUCAGAGGGCGGGCUCGUCUCUGACUUUUCCCUAACGCUUUACAUCCUCGCAGCCGAAGUUCGGCCUUUUUCGCACCUCAUCAAGCUCAUUCAAGCGCGCACGCUACAUCUCCAGCGCAUCGUCCACAAAAACCCAUAUUCCGAGUCGGCCAUAACUCCAACCAAGUUGCAGGGUAUUCUGGAGCGGCUGGGCGACCUGGAACAACGUGCUACAGGCUUAAAGCCAUCGAAUGGGUCGGCAAACAACCUUGACAACAACGGACAAAACGACGGCUCGGAAGGAGGCCAGGACCAGCAGAACCUGAACCCCAAAGUCCGCGACGGGAUGGUGCGUGAAGUCCGCAAUACGAUUCAGCCCGAUCUGGACGCGCUCAACCGUGCAGUCAGACGCUAUGAGAAAAAGGCUACUGUUUUGGCUUACCAGACAGAGGCAAGGUUGGGCGCGCUGGAUGGCAGACUAAACGAUGCUAUUGCGCUGGCAGCCGCGGCGGCCAAGGCUGGAGGCACUGGUGCCAGACCGCACGGGAACAACAGCCGCGCAACUGGUGCUUCGGGCGCUAAUAGCGGGUUGAGUUUGUUCGGCCUGCUUGCAAAGGCGCUGGAUACGAUUGUCUGGGCGGCGGCCAUGCCGUUCCAGGCAUUGUUGGGUCUUGUUGUUUUGUUCCCGCUGAGGGCGGUGGCAGGCUUUCUGAAGGGGGUAACUGGAGGAAGCAGUAGUAGAAGCCGGAUUGCCGUUGGUAAGGUUAGUGGCACAGGUAUUAUGGGUGACGCGAGGAAAGGGAUCAAUGGGAAUGGAUUUGCGACUGGACCUGGGAAUUCGACCGGAUUCUCUCCAUACGUCGGCGGGGCCGCUGAAUAUGGCUUUUCAGCGAGUGGUAGGAGAAUGACAUCGGGGAGUGGGAGUGGGGCGCGGUAUUCAAGGAGAUGAGUGAAGACUGACUGUAAUGAAGGGAUGAGAAAAGAACCAUGUCGGGCGGCUGGUUCAAUAACCAUGACUCUUUUGGCAUGGGCGCUACCUACGCUGUUCCUGUUGUUACAAAGUAUAUAUUCUUGUGGUUUCAUUUGUCAUAGUUGUCAUGACCUGUUUCGGUAAGGCGCCAGAAAGCGUAGAGCAUUGGGCGAGAUACCAACACCACAAAACCUCAAAAAGUUACAUUAUCACUACAAAAUAGACGAUACCUUUGAAAUCGAUUUCUUACU